UUGGUAGUCUGUCGUCCCUAAUGACGCUAAUUAUCGUUUGUUUUGACGUUUGAGUUCAGACGUAAAUUCGUCUGAUAUAAACAGCAAUUAAACACGAUUUUAAUGCAACGCAAUGAAGUUUCUCAUAUCUAAUAAUUCUAUUAUUGUCUCUUUUAGCCUUACGUUUACUUACAUGAACUCGGCAUUUUCUAAAUUGAACUAUUUCUAAAAAAAGGUUAACUUUUAGGUUAACUUAAAGACUUACACAAUAAACCGAUAUGUAUUCAAGAAAUAAUUAUUACGAAAUAAAAUAAUAUUAAUAUAUUAUUAAAUAGAUUAAUUAUAAAUUAAAAUAAUAUAUAUUAAUAUUAAUAAUCAAAGAAUUCUAUUUCUGAUAAAUCAUAAGCAUUAUCAAUUCUACAUUAAACAUAAAAUAUGGAAGUGACCACCGAUAUAGUUGCGAUAUUGAAAGAGCGGAGGAUGGUAAAAAUCUGUGCACCGAUGGUUAGAUACAGCAAAUUGCAAUUCAGGACGCUUGUGAGGCGUUAUGGGUGUGAUAUAUGCUUUACUCCCAUGAUCAUGGCAGACUCGUUUGUACGAUCUUCAAAGGCCAGACAAAACGAAUUCACCACGCAUGGACAGGAUAGACCCUUGGUUGUCCAAUUCGCAGCUAAAACCGUAGACGACUUCGUUGGAGCUGCAGACCUAGUUGCACCAUACUGUAAUGGGGUGGAUUUAAAUUGCGGCUGUCCGCAACGCUGGGCCAUGAAGGAUGGAUACGGUGCUGACUUGCUGAGGAAACCGGAGCUGGUGAGCGACCUGGUGCAGCAAGUCCGAAAUCACAUACCUAGACCGUUCACUGUCUCCGUAAAGAUACGACUACUGCAAGACAUACGCCAGACGGUAGCGUUGUGCCAGACUCUGGAGAAAGUUGGUGUUUCGUUCUUAACGAUCCACGCAAGAACUCCGGAGAUGCGUAACGAGCCGAUCGAUCUGGACAAUCUCAAGCUGCUGCGAGGUCACGUGCGGUUGCCGCUCGUCGCGAACGGUGACGUGAAGAGCUUGGACAGUGCGGAGUACUUGUACAGAGAAUCCGGCUGUGAGGGAGUGAUGGCAGCCAGAGGUAUCCUGACUAAUCCGGCGUUGUUCUCGGGCGAGUCCGUCACUCCGCUGGCUUGCGUCCAAGAUUGGUUGGACAUCACGUCGGCCACACCGACUGAAUUCCAGUGUUUCCAUCAUCACCUAGUGUUCAUGCUGGAGAAAUAUGGGCCGUGCGUUUACUGUGGCAACGGACUGAAAUUUAUCACUGUCUGUUUCGCCGCAUUAACAUUUGCCAUUACUGCUAUGCUGAUUUUGCAAAUUCUCUAUACAGAGAAUAUACCACAGAGUAGUCUUCACGGUAUCCAUGGGGCGGUUGCUACGGAUUAUUCAAAUUGUUCUCAAAUCGGCACUAAAGUAUUGAGAAAGUCGAGCAAUGCAGUGGACGCUGCCGUAGCGGCAACUAUCUGCAUGUGCGUAGUAGCGCCUCAUAAAACUGGCCUUGGCGGAGGUGGUUACAUGAUGAUAUUUAACUAUAAGAAUCACACCCAUCCAGUCAUUAUUGACUUUGCGAGUAACAGUGCCGAAGGUUCCUUCGCCGAAGCUGGAAUACGCUUGCCCGCUUUGCUACGAGGAUUGGAGUUCGCUCAGAAGACGUAUGGCAGCCUGCCGUGGCGCGACGCCGUACAGCCUUCCGCGAAGUUAGCCCGAGAGGGAUUCGUCGUAUCUAAGGAUCUUGCGGAUGAAAUAUCGAGAAGCACGAAUCACGGAACGCUUUACGGCUCUCCGAAUCCAGGAGACACGUUGCAACUGCACGAGCUCGCGAGCACGUUGGACGUCGUGGCAGCAUUUGGCGCUGAAGUGCUCUAUAACGGCACUUUGUCGCACAAAGUUAUGCACGACGAUAUUUUACACGAGGGAUUACUGGAGCAGCUGGCCAAUUACAAGCCUGCAGUCACAAUUGCGGAGAGCUCGACGUUGCAUCGUCAUACCGUCUACUAUCCAUCGCACGCACCUUUCAUGCAAGCAGUACUCGAAGCGUUGGAGAGUCUCCCAGUUUACGUGGGAAAUGCGUCCACGAUCGAGUCGCAAGUGCUGGCUGCUCAAGCACUGAUGCACUUGUACCUGCCGUCCUCGCAAAACGUGCAACACGUAGGAAGAGAAAUGUAUACUGGAGUCAUGGCGGUAGACUGGCAAGAUACGUACGUUAGUGUCUUAUCUGGCUUAAACUCACCUUUAGGUCUUGGAAAUAUGACCGAAACUGGAUUUCUGUUGGAUGAUAUCGAUAGUAACGGCUUGUCCGCGUUUAUUCCCGUUGUCUUCCAUCAUGAGGUGGGGAUGUGUGGACUGCGCGGAGUGCUCGGCUCAAACGAUGCCUUUCUUAAUGGGCAAAUCUUGUACAACCUUAUCGCGCGCUCCUUGAACGUUUCAGCCGCCAUAGAAUGCCCCAGGUACUACUUUGUUUCCGACGGUAUAGUGGCCGAGAACAAUCAGAGACACUCGAUGGAAGCUACGCUGCGGGCUCGAUUACGUCCCAUGAUAUCGUCGUUGUCCAUCGAUGACAAUUUGCUCACGAGAAGCAUAAACGCGAUCGUUAAGAAAACAGAUUCGCUGUCGAGUCACUCCGACAGUCGUGGAAACGGGAUCGCGUCGCGAUUCUGAACGUACGCCUCGAUACUGUCGCGAAAUCGAGGAUUUUCGAGUAAUGUUUUUAUAAUACUGUGAUAUUAGGUAAUUCCCCGGACACGAUGAUGUUUCCACGAACACUCGUGUGCAUGCAGCAGCAGCAGAGCAGCAAUCUUUUAAAUUAUGUUUCUUAAAAUGUUCGAUAUUUUUAUUAAGUUUUAAGUGUUUUAAGUUAUUCGAAAAACGACUAGCUAACCGAUGAACGUUAGGAUAUUUGAUAUUUAAAAUAUGAUUCAGUAUUUAACGUAAAAUACUAUACAUGGACGAGUAUAUGCACAAAUACUCGUGUACAUAUAUAAAUACACACGUGUAACACGUGUUAGUCUCGUUUUGGUAGUCAGACUUUUGUCUCCAAACGAUCUCGAGAAUUUAAUCGUACGUGAGAUCUGAGACACCCUGUACAUGUAUAUAUUCGUAAACUAUCGCAUCAAUUUGCGUAUGCGUGAAGAAUUGCUACUUUCGUAUGUCGCGUUUUUUUAGUUUAAUCCGUUCGGCCGGCAAAACGAGCUGGGCUCGUAGCCAAUGACUUGAAUGAUUAUGAAGAACCAAAAUGUGCAUCUACAGACGGUAUCCAUAGUCUGUUUUUAUAUUAUUAAAGUUGUCUUAAACAUGAUCUUAAAAUAUUUGUUAGUCAAUGUCAAAGACAGCUGUGUGAGCACCUAAAAGAUAUGCUCGUGUGAUGAUAGAGCAAGUUGAGUCGAGUAAAAGGUAUUAUUUUUCAAUGAACAUUUUGAGAUAGUAAAAAGGAAUGGGGCGCAGUGACUUUUAGUAGUGGAUUAGUCUACCAACCCAGACGAUCCGGGUUCGAAUCUCGAUAGGGUCACGGUAUCUUCUGGGUGCCAUUUUCUCUCAGAAAUUCAGGCCCCUUGGAUCCACCCAGUCCAAAAAGAAAAUACCUGAUCCUUACCAGGCAGGGAGAUUGUUUGGAAAA